CUUGUUUUGAGCUGGCUUGAUUCAUGAGUUUUCCCAGUCGCUAUCCAUCCUCUCAGCCUGGCUGACCUGAUCCAGCGUGUACAUCGAUCCUUCACAUUGCUACCCGACCUUCACUUUAAUCGCCCACAUCCCACUAUGGCAUCCAAAGAGAACGGCGCGGGGCAGGCCUUUGCGCCUGUCCUAGCUGCCGUUGCUACAAUGCAAGGCAAUGUCACUCGAUCAGAAAAGACCCAUGCGCAUGAAUUCCUAGAGAAAUUCCAAAAAUCAGUCGAAGCUUGGACAACAACGCAUGCGUUAUUACAAUCCUCAGAGAUACCCGUUGAAGCAAAGCUCUUCGCAGCUACCACGCUGAAGGGAAAAAUCACCUAUGACCUAGAUCAACUCCCGGAUGAGUCCUUGGCGGCUCUGAGAGACUCCGUUCUCUCCCUUCUAGUCGCUUAUAGCUCGGGGCCAAAACCGAUAAGGACCCAGCUGUGUGUUUGUUUAGCUAGCCUCGCUAUCCAGAUGACAGCAUGGAAGGAUGUCCUCGCAACCGUCGGCUCAGCUGUGGGAAGUGAGGGAGGAGACUGUGUUUUGGAAUUCCUCAAAAUUCUGCCCGAGGAGGUCACAGAAGGACGAAAAAUCAACCUGACUGAAGAGGAACUUUCUACAAGGACAGCAGAACUAUUGGAGAACAACGCGGAUCAAGUUUUAAGUCUCCUAGUGCAAUAUGCGCAGUCUUCUGAAUCUGCCGCAACAAAUCCACAGCUACUGGAAUGCAUUACCUCCUGGAUGCGUGAAAUUCCAUCUUCCCAAAUCGUCAACUCUCCCCUUCUGGACAUAAUUUUCAAGGGCCUUUCUGAUCCCCGCUCGUUCGAAGCUGCUGUGGAUACGAUAUGUACAAUCUAUAGGGACACACUUGAGGUUGAUGACUCAAUGUCUAUUAUCCAAAAGCUGUAUCCAAGGAUAAUUGCCCUGAGACCCAAAAUUAGGGAGGCCACGGAGGAAGAGGACCCUGACAUGCUCAGAGGAUUGACUAGACUUUUUGCUGAAGCUGGCGAAGCAUGGGUAGUCCUGAUUGCCCGUUUGCCUGCUGAGUUCAGAAGUUUAGUUGAAACCGUUCUAGAGUGCUGUGCUGUCGAUAUGGAGCGGGAUGCCAUUUCCAUCACUUUUGUCUUUUGGUACGAGCUUAAACAGUACCUCACGCUUGAACGGUAUAUGGGGGCGAGAACGGCCCUUGCAGACUUAUUCUCGAAACUUGUUGAUAUUAUGAUUAGACACCUGGAAUUCCCUUCCCCGGAUGACGAGCGGGCCGACCUAUUUAAUGGAGAUCGCGAGCAAGAAGAGAGAUUCCGCGAGUUCCGUCACGCUAUGGGUGAUGUUCUUAAAGAUUGCUGUGCUGUUAUUGGCGUUACCGAAUGCCUCGGGAAAUCAUAUAGCCUGAUUCAAGCGUGGGUCGCCAAAUACGCUUCGCAAGCUACACAUGAUCAUGUACCACAUUGGCAAGAGCUAGAAGCGCCACUCUUUAGUAUGAGAGCGAUGGGACGGAUGGUCGAGCCCGAAGAGAGCACGGUAUUACCGCAAAUUAUCCCUCUCAUCGUCCAAAUACCCGAUCAAGACAAAGUGCGGUUCCAGGCUAUCAUGGCUCUUGGUCGAUACACGGAAUGGACAGCUCAACACCCUGAGACUCUCGAAGCCCAAUUGAAUUAUGUCAUUUCCGGUUUCCAGCACAAAUCCCAGGAGGUCGUUCAGGCGGCAGCUCUCGCGUUCAAGUUCCUUGGCACUGAUUGUCAGAAACUUCUUGGUGGCCAUAUUCCACAGCUGCAUUCCUUUUACGAGUCGGUCAUUGACAACCUGAAACCGUCGAGCCAAGAAGAAGUUACGGAGGGGGUGGCUGCUGUAGUUGCUGUCCAACCAGUUGAUAAAAUAUAUGAAACGCUAAAAUUAUUCUGCGAUCCCAUCAUGAAUAGAAUCAUGAAUCUCGCCAACCAGGCUAAAGAUGAUGCUGGCCAGAAGGCGGUUGCAGAUCACCUCCAGCUGAUCACCAUUUUCAUCCAAAUUGUCUCUCCCUACGUCGGCCCCGGAACCCAAAAUCCCGGAGUCACAUACUGCGAAGAGAUCCUUCCCGUUCUAAAUACCAUCGUAUUGAAUUUUACAAAGUCCAUCCCAAUAUUGGAGCGGGUAUGCCGAUGCUGGCGGCAUAUGAUCAUAUCCUACCGCAAUGCGAUGACUCCUCUCCUGCCGAGCUUGGCGCAAAGCAUAUCAGCAGGAUUCGAAGCAUCCAAAGAAGGCUGCUUCCUAUGGGCCACAGAUGCGGUCAUUCGAGAAUUCUCGGAAGGGGCGGAAUAUGUCGAACAAUCGACAAGUGACGCGGUAUACCAAUUCUUCGAACAACAAGUUGUGCUUUUCCUUAGAAUACUUAAUGACUUACCUCCCCAUCAUCUCCCUGAUAUGAUCGAAGAUUUCUUCCGCCUCCUAACUGACGCAGUGCGCUAUUAUCCUAAAAAAUCUCUAAUCUCUCCCCUAGCAGCACCCAUUUUCUCCGCCUCACUAAGCGCACUUACACUCCAGCAAGUGGACCCAUUAAGAGCAGUCCUUCACUACUGUCGCGACGUGCUUAGCUUUGGGACCGACAAGCCAUCGAUAUCUGAAUUCGCGGGCCCAGAUGGCGAACCAUUUACCAACCCUCCCGAGGUCCAAGCUUCUGUGAAGCAAUUGAUAACGUCACAGGGUGCGGUUCUCGUCCAGAGAGUGCUGACAGGGAUGAUGUUCAGUUUCCCCGACGACUGUUUUCCCGAUGCCUCGGGGGUACUAAUGUCGCUGUUUGAACUGAUGCCGCAGGAGACAGCGAACUGGGUGGAGGCGACUGUGCACAUGCUCCCCCCCGGCACGUUGAAGCCUGGCGAAAGUGAACGACUUAUGAAGUCGUUGUCUGAGAGGAUUUAUCAAGGUGAUGUUCGGAAGACAAGGGUUGUUUUACAAGAUUUUACAAACUCGUAUCGACGGAGAAAUGUAGCCCCGCGAGAAGGGUUGGGUAGGCUGGAAGCUGCCCGCUUCAAAUUCAGUGGCUAGGUUAUUAUUGUUAUUUACUUUAUUAUAUAUAUCUAUCUGGCGACAGCCAUGGACACGAAAUAAGAAACCAGCAGCUGCGAUAAUGUUAAAAAAAAGAGGAAAUCAUGAGAUCUUGAUGUUUUAUCAUACC